UUUAGAUUUUCUAGACCUUACAACUCUUACAACUUUGAUAAGCGCGGUAUAUGUUCGGCCCGACCAAUGGAAAAUCAUUAGUUGGGGGGAAGGAAAGGAUACUUCCUCUAAUAGUUUGCCACUGAAGGUGCGGACAAUUACCAUCUAGCCACGCAGAUAAGCUCACGAGCGAAGGAGACGAUGAAGCGACUCUGCUCAGCAUUCCAUCGAACACUCAGCAUGUCCAAUCCUCUCUUCAUCUGCCAUAGCCGGUGAAAUAUGGAAGACCCAGAAGUUACCCAAGUUUCCACCGAUUUGGACCGUAAAGUCACCGCCAUAGCCACCGGAGAAGCUCACACUCUAGCCCUCUCAGGGGGUGGCUCUGUCAAUUCCUGGGGAAGAGGGAUGUUCGGGCGGCUCGGGAACGGUUCGGAGAACGAUAAGCCUAUCCCAGUUCAGGUCGAUUUCGGGUUCUCCGAGGAGAAGAGGCUCAAGUUUGUGGGAAUUGCUGCUGGUUCUUACCACAGCCUUGCACUAGCAGACGAUGGAUCGGUUUGGUGCUGGGGCUAUAACAUCUAUGGUCAACUCGGUAGCAAUGGAGAGAACACUCCGGUUCCUCAUUUGAUGAACAGUUUCAACAAACUGGACUCUUCCAGUUCUCCAGGACAUGAUUCUGAAAGAGAGACCAAAGCUCCUUUAAAGAUCUGUUUGGUGAGAGCGGGAGGAAUGAUGUCACUUGCUGUCGACAAUUUUGGUGCCCUUUGGAUGUGGGGAAACUGUCCCCAGCCAGAAAGCACCAAUAAUGGGCAGUUCUCUCUCGUAAGCACUCCAACUCCGAUUCCCGUAUGGGAUUUUCACGGGCACACAGUAGUUAAAGUGGCCUGUGGAAACGAGCAUGUCGUGGCUUUAGUUAGUGAGGGAGAGAUAUACAAAGGAGAUGAUCUCUUGUGCUACUCAUGGGGUAGCAAUAGUCAUGGGCAGUUAGGGCUUGGAGAUAAAGAAAGCAGAGCACGGCCUGAGAUUGUGCAAACUUUCUCCUCAGAUUCACAAUGGACAGUUUACGAGGUUGCUUGUGGGGCUUUCCACACAGCAUUACUGACACAUAGGAAGAGGCCAAGUGACACCUUGCAAAGUUUAUGCUGGACAUUUGGGCUGGGGGAGAAUGGGCAGCUUGGGCAUGGGACAACCCAGAGCUCGUUGGUGCCAGAGCCAGUGAAGGAGCUUCCUGACUAUGUAUACCUGGCAUCAGUUGACUGUGGGCUGUUCCACACGAGUGUGGUCUCUACUGCAGGGCAGCUAUGGUCAUGGGGGAUGGAGAAGGGCCUUGGGCUAUGUCCUGAAGCCAGUUUUACAGGACCUGAGACAGGUGAUGCGGUUUCUCCAGUUUUAAUACCCUGUGGUGGGCCCCGUGGACCCAAAUUUGAAGACCCAGUCCAGGUUGCUUGUGGGGCCGCCCACACGGUCCUUGUCACAAAUGAUGGGUAUAGGAUCUGGGCUUGGGGACGGGGACGGAGUGGGGUCCUCGGGAAUGGGAAGACGAUUGACUUCUUCACUCCAACACUGGUCCUGUGGCCCCCGACGGCCGAGGAAUUUAAUGACGAACCAACUCCGCCACAGAAGGAAGAUAACAAGGCAAGCUCAGAAAAUGCCACAGAGAUGGAUCAGAAAUUGGUUUCUGCAAUGGAGGAGAUAAGCCUUCUCCGGUCAAAGCUUUCUUCUAUGGAACGAUAUGCUAGCAUCCUUCACGGGGCGAUCUUUGGGAGACCAUUUGAGGAGAGUGAUAUCCCCUCUUCGUUGGAGGGCUCUGGGGGUUUUGACAUCACAAGAGAAUGGGAGAGCAUGUUAGAGUCGGCUGAUAGGGGGAAGCUUGUGAGGUUGGAGAUGUUUUACCGGAACAUGCUUGCUGGUGUUAAGGACAAGCUGAUGAAGAAGAGGAUCGAGGAGCUGAUAAAGGACUGUCUUCGCCGUUCGGGUCCUGGAAAUUGAUAAUGCAAAAGAAGCCUUUGAGGAAUAUGUACAAGGUAGGUUACUAUGGGGAAGCUCCAGCCUCCUAAGAAGCAAACAACAUUUACUAUGGGUAUGAUACAUUCGUCUGAAAAUGGAAAUUUUUAGACUGGUUCUAUAGUAGAAUCUCCCAUUGAGGAGAAACCUAUACAGAACAUGUGCGAGAAGAAUAAGGGAAAGGGAGUUGGAGGCUGUAGAUUAUGGGUUUGCCGAUGGUCUGAGCUGAGUUGUGAUAUAAGUUUGGGUAGAUUUGUUGUAUUACAGCUACUGCCAAAUUUCUUAAUUUUAUGUCAUAAUUUCUAAGAGCAUAUGUCAAGUAAUAAAAAGAAGGAAAAGCGAAAUGGAGAAGUUGGCCUUUGCAUUCUGUGACCA